ACUGUGGAGCAUUGAUCUAAAAGACGAGCGCUUGCGCCAACAAACGAGAGCCGGUCAACUUGCUUUUUACUCUUAACCAUCAGCUAUUAUUAUUUUUGGUCAUCGAGUAUUUUCGACUAUCAACAUCAGACGGACGAAAGUGCGUUUAUAUACUAUAAAUUGGCCAAUUAGAAGCAGAGAAAAGGAACAAAAAGUGUCGUUAAAGUAACCUAGAAACAGAGUCGAUGUUUCUAUAUUGAUAAGAAAAGGCUAGACGAAACGAGGUGUCUAUUCUUGGAAGAUCUCUUAGCGAGAGAUCUACCAGAGCUUUUAUACCCUCGUUUUAACCUAGUAUGGAUCAUCAAGUUAAUGAGGAUAAUGGCUCGCCAUCAAUGUCCAAAGCAGAGGACAAUUUAUCAAAUAGCGAAGGACCUUUACUUAAAAAACGAGAAAUAUCCAAAGAACCAAGUUCUACAAGGGAAGUAUUUUUAUCGUCAUCAAAUCGACGUGAACGAUGGCGACAACAUUCAUAUGAGAUGAAAAAUCAUCAUGAAAAUGAGGGAAAAGAAGAGAAUCAUUGUUUAUGGAUGUUCACAUUGAUCUUAGGGAUCAUUGGAUUUUGUAAUUUACUUUUAAGUACGACAAUAAUUUUUGUACUUCGUGUGAGCCAAGGAAUGGAAGCUUUAGAAAUUAUUCCCGAUGAAAAUUUGGUGAAAUUUUACGGAAAUACGGAUUUGGAUCGAGUUUGUUUAGAGCGUGGAAUUUGCGAAGGCUACGGAGACGAACCAAUCGAGAUAUCCGGAGAUAAUGCUGGAGUCAGCAUCGACGUGACAAGUCGUAUUCGAGGAAAACUUCUUUCUAAUAUGCAAAUUCUUCCAAACGCCACUUCAGUGUCCCGAGUACAAUCUUUUGAAAUAAAAGAUCCGAGAACGGGAAAUCCUUAUUUUUCAACAAAUUUCCCAAAUUUUGGACUUCCUGAUGGAGUUGUACGAAUUGACGUGAAAGUUGCAGAAACAAAAAGAAUAAUUGCACCUAUGAAUGAGAGUCUUAGAAUAAAAUCAACACAACAAAUAACACUGAACGGUGCUGAAGGUGCAACAAUUGAGAGUAAAAAUAUUAUUUGGACUGCAAACAAUGACAUUUUUUUUGAAAGCAAAAACGGCGACAUUAUACUUGAUUCAAAGCAUGGUCUCUUUCUCGAUUUGAAAAACAUUCCAAUUGUUCCAAUUUAUUUGCCAAAUCGUGGCGACAUUAAUGGUCAAUAUAAAGUUUGCAUUUGCAUGCCACAAGGCAAAUUAUUUCGUGUUCCAGUAAAAUCAGGAGGAAGUGCACGCGUCAAUUGUGCCAAAGUUUCCAUCAGUCCAGCAAUUGAUCCUUGUCAAUAAUUAAUAAACGAAUAAUUUUUUUAUA